CGCACCGCGUCAGUAUCAGUUCGUUUCGGACAGCUAAUGGCAUCAACAUAUCGUAAAAUAAAAAAAGUGUAGACCCGGCCGAAAUUGGUCCCCAAUCGAGAACCCAAUUCGCUUCUAAUGUUCUCAUUAAAAUACAUUCCUGACUGUUCUUCAAUUUUGCAAAACCCAUAUCAGAACUCCUUCUUGGCUGUUCAGUGUUGACCAAGUGACUUUCGCUGGCUUCCAUUAAGGAAAAAUGGUAAAAACAAUCAAAGUAAUUGGAUGCGCUGGAGCUGGCACUCUGCUUAUAUUGCUCCUACCUCUUUGCCUGAUCCAAAAUUACGGUCCGCCAGGCGGUAAUGGUCACUCCAAUGGCUCCCACUCAAUGGUCACUAUGCCGCCGUCGCCUACUCCUCCUCCUCCGGCGCCACUUGAAUCUGGAAGAGAUGCAAUGAUGCGUCUCCACCGCCAGAAACGCUACCUCUCCUUCCCGGAGGGUUCCUCCUUCCAACUAGUGUUCGACAUCAUCAUACCCAUCGUAGACUACACAAACUACGCCAUCCUGGGCAUCACCUGUUCCGUGGCCUGGGAGCUGCCCAGUAAGCCGCCCAGCGAGCUGAUUGAAAACGUGCUUACUCGCAUCAACGACGGCACCAUCGGCACCGUCCGGCGGAAUGAUAGCGUUCCCGAUCCAGAACCGGAACAGGCCACCCAGCCUCAGAGCCAGACCCAGCAUCUGGACAAUCGAGUCCCAGCCACGGCUAAUUGGCAGGCUGUCCACGCACGGCCAGCGAAUCCACCGGCAUAUGCGGCCAAUGAGCAGGACUCCAACUCGUACUACACGAAUAUCCAACGCAUCCCGGCCGCUUACCCAUAUGCAAAUUCGAAUGCGGAUGCAAAUGCAAAUGGACAGCAGCGCCAGGCAGCGAUGUCUGCUAAUUGGCAUGCGCGACAGUCGUUCCCAAAGUGGCAGCAAGGGGGCCUGGGUAGUUCUGGAGCGGGAGCAGACAACUGGUGGACACGGAAUGGACAGCGUGUUGAGCAGAACUGGCGCCAAAAGCAGCAUAUGUGGGGUCCUGCAAAGUGGGACUAUGGCUAUAGCCAACGACCCCGUCAAGUCCUGCGAGCACCGCCCAAGCACCACAUAUAUCCUGUUUUUGCUAGGCGCAGGAGGCGAAGAAGCCUGGAGCAGGAUCCCCACUUCGAGCGACUGCACCUGCAACAGCAUCUCAGCUCAAGACAGAUUCUCUUUGGGAAAAUCGAACGUCUAUAUAAGUCGCGGCGACUAAAUGGCACCUCCUGUGUGCUCCGAGCUCUCUGCGAAUCUGGCCAAAGGCAUAAGGCUUUUGAGGGGACAAAUACGGGCAGGCCACAAAGCUUUAUAAUGGAACUACUGUCGGCCAUUUUCCAAUUACCCAACAGCGAUGACGUGAACGAACCAGGGGAAUUGGAGCUAAUGAUUUCCCCUCAUUAUCUCGAGGCCCACCGACAACAGGGCAACUGUCGACAACUCUACAGUGAUUGCAAUCACACAUUUUGGUUAGAUUAAACAGCAAAGGGCAAUAAAUUUUAGGAAAAUAUA